AUGAGGCCCACUGCUACUGAGUUCAAAGCUUUGAAAUUGAGCAGUUUCAAGUUUGACACUGACUACAAUUCUUACAAGAGUGUUCCUGUUCCCGAAGAGCCUUCUGUUGCUCAGAGUGACAUUUCUGUCAAGCUUGAUGCUUUUUCUGAGAAAUUUGAUGGGUUGGAGGUGAAGAUCGAUUUGCUGCAUACUUCCCAACAGAAGAUUUCAUCCGAUUUGGUUGAGUUGAAAGAGUUUGUGUCUGCACAGUUUGUUUCUUUUGGUGCUCAGAUGGCUUCAAUGCAGGCACAGUUUUCUACUGUUUUUGCCGAUUCUUAUGCUAAGGACAAAGGCAGUGACUCUUCCAAUAAUGAUGGUGGAAGUGGUAAUGAAGAAGAUUUUGAUUUAGAUGAAUCUGAAGAAACUGAUGACAAUGAAGAAGAGAAUGUUAUGGGUGAUGAAGAAGGUGAGGGUAGUGAAGGUGAAGAGAAGGAUGGUCAAGCUGAUGAAGAUUCUGAGUCAAAAGAAAAAAAUGAUGAGGGCAGUGAUGAUGAAUGCACUGAUAGUGAGGAGAAGAAUUUCGUUGAUUUCAAUGACGGACCUACUCAAAUAGAUGUUGAGGCUACUGUUCAGUCCGGUGUGAAAGCAGUUGAGAUUAUGGUAAUGUUGCUUUUGUGUUAUUUUUUGGUUGUGUAA